CUGAGACAUUUAAAGACCCAGAUUCAGUAUUUUGCAGGUUAGGAGGACACAGUACUUCAAAAAUAACAAAUUUACCCUAAUAAAUUGUAUAGAUUUAAUACAGUUAAGAGUACUAAAAUAACUACUUUGUUGCAGCUAGAUAAAAUGAUUUAUUUUUCUAUAAUAGUAGAAAUUAAUUUGAAAUAAAUAAUUAUGAGGUAUGAAUUCACUGGCAAAUACUUAUUUUUCAACAUUACAAAUAAUUAAAUGCUAGAGCACUAUACAUAGACUGAUCAGCAGAAUAAAAACUCAAGAAAUAAUUUUAAGUGAAAUAUUCAAUAAACGAUCAAUUAAGUUCCUCAAAUAAGUGGAGAAAAUAUUUACUAUGUUAUACUGAUGAGCCAGCUGGUUAAUUUUUUAAAAGUUAAUUCUCUAUACAAGAAACCAAAUCUGGAUUAUUAUAGAGUUAAAUUUUUUUAAUGAUUCUACCCAUUAUCAGUAAAAUAAUAAUAGGAAUUUAUAUUAAAAAUGGAAAUUGACACACAUUUGGUGGAAGAGAAUUUAGCAAUAUACCUGGAAGAUCUUGAAAUUCUCUAUUUUAUUAGCCCAUCUUGCUCUAUUUCUAGGUAGUAUAUUUCCCCCAUAUAUUAGGAGAAAAACUUCACAAAAUGGUAUUAACCGUAUGCAAAUACUGGUAGAGAAAGAAGACACAUGUAUAUAGGUAGAGAUAAAAGCAGAAUAUUUUCUUCUCUGUGCUAUUUUAUGUAUCAUCUACAAUGUUAAAGUUUUGUUGCUUAACGAGGAUGAGGAGCGAAACAAAUUAAAUGGGAAAAGGGGAGAAAAAUAGCCUAGGUCUUGAGGAAUCAAAAGAAUUAACUGAAAGAGAACAAACGGGAGUAGUACGGCCGGCUUGUUCCUAUAGGUCUUUAGGUCCCCUCCCCCAACCCAGAGGGAUUCCCGCCACAGCUCUUUUGGUUUUCACUCUGGUCCGCAGAGGUUACUUUUUAAAAGGAGCUGCGACAAGUUGAGUGCAGUUUUCUGUUCAUUUCCUGAGAAUGUCCGGACGUGGUAAGGGGGGGAAAGGUUUGGGGAAAGGGGGCGCCAAGCGCCACCGCAAAGUUCUGCGCGAUAAUAUCCAGGGCAUCACCAAGCCCGCCAUCCGCCGCCUGGCCCGGCGUGGAGGUGUCAAGCGCAUCUCUGGUCUCAUCUACGAGGAGACCCGUGGGGUGCUGAAGGUGUUCUUGGAGAACGUGAUCCGGGACGCCGUCACCUACACCGAGCACGCCAAGCGCAAGACGGUCACGGCCAUGGACGUAGUGUACGCGCUCAAGCGCCAAGGACGCACCCUCUACGGCUUCGGCGGCUAAAAGAAAAAAGUUUGAUCCUGUUAGUUUAUUAAAAAGGCCCUUUUUAGGGCCCCCACGUUUUCAAGGAAAGGGCUAAAGUAAUCCGUCUGUACGC